UCGUCAUUUAUAAUGUACAGUUUAAAAGUAAUAAAAAAUAUAACAUUUUUAUUACUUUCAUAUUUCUCCAUACCUCAAGUUCAAAGUACCGAAUUUUAAUCUUUAUUAAACGAGGACAAUGAAUUAAUUGUAAAAUACAGCAAUACUCAAUUAUGGCACCAAAAUGAAAUUGGUGAAUUAAGGUUUACUACGGCUGAUAGAGCAGAAUUGGUUGGUAUUGAUAUUAAAAAAAAUGUAUCCUUUCUGCAAUUUUAUUGAAAACUUUGAAAAGUCACAGUCAAUCUUGGUGACUAUACUGAAAGAAAAAAUAAAAGAUUCUGGUUCAAAAAAUCAAUUAGAAUAAAUGUUGAAAACUCCACACCUAACUGAGAAUUGUAAAAAUGCUGUUAUUUUCUUCCUUCUUCAUUCCGUUUUUAUUCCAACUGCUAAAAAAACAACCAGAGAUGAAAGUGGCAAAAUUAGUUUAAAAAAAUUUUCUAUUCGAGAAUCUCAAAACAGUUUUGUCAUAACUGAAAAAACAAGUGCAGGAUUGGAGGAAAUUUUGUCAAAGAACACCACACAAAUUCAACCAUGUCUAUUAGUAGUUGGAGAAAUUAAUAAUCCUAAACAAAUCGUGGUUUAUUUUGAUAGCAUUAAUUUUGUAAUUAAUAUUAUAAUAAAAGCAAUUGAAAUCUGUUUUUCAAUUUUUCAUGUAUUUAACAUUGAGUAUCCAAUAGAAUCUGGAAACUUUUGGUUAUUUAUCCAACAAUAUUAUUUUAAAUUUAAAACUUCAUACGAUAAACCAUGUAUACAAGUGAAUUAA